CUGCAGGCCGCUGCCUGGGCUGGAGACAUUGAGACUAUACAUGUCCUUGUUAAAGCAGGUGCCGACAUCACAAUCACUGAACCCAUUUCGGGCACAUAUGGAACGGCUCUCCAAGCCGCGUGUGCUGCUGGCUGGUUGAACGUUGUGCAAGAACUCUUGAAGCACAAUGCUGCAGUUAAUGUCCGACCAGCUAAUGGCAUGUUUGGAGGAGCAUUGUCUGCAGCUGCAGCUGGUGGACAUAGAAAAAUUGUGAAGCUUCUCAUCAAACAUCAUGCUGAUGUUAAUGCCAGUGGAGGCCUUCACGGCUUCCCGAUCCUUGCUGCUGCCCAGUCUGGUGUUUUAUCCGUUGUUGAGUAUUUGCUCAACAACGGUGCAAAUGCUACAGCUUCAGGAGGCCUACUUGGAUCAACUGUGGCGGCUGCUGUCAAAGGUAACAACAUUGACGUUGUCAGAAAGUUAAUAGAACACGGAGCGGAUGUCCAUGCAAAGGGAGGAAAAUACGGUGACGCUCUCCAGACCGCUGCGAUGAAAGCCGAACUGCCUAUGAUUGACGAAAUUCUCGAUAGGGCAAUCGAGCUUGUUAAUCAUAAAGAUGGCAAGUAUCGUACAGCUCUGAUAGCAGCUUCUUACUUCAACCGCAUGGAUGUCGUCAACAAGUUGCUGGACGCUGGAGCAGAUUUCCGUGUUCAAGGAGGGGUUUAUCGGAAUGCCAUCGCUGCUGCUUCCAUCCGUGGAAACAAAGCUAUCCUGGACCGAUACCUGACUAUGAAACCUCCGGAUCAUCUGCUCGAUGAAGCACUCGUCGAGGCUUGCGCCUAUCGCCAAGCUGCUUGCGUGGAUGCAUUGCUCAAAGCAGGUGCUAAUGUAUACGCUCGCCAUCAAACUCGGGGCUCCGCAUCUGACGCUAUCGAUGCGCCCGAGGAAAAAGAUUACAAUUCUGAUCUCGAGGAAGACAACUUGGAUUCAGAUGCUGCAUCGGAAAAUAAGGAAGACGAAAACGAAAACGAAAACGAAAACGAAGACAAAGAGGAAGAGAAAUGGGUAGGUGACAACGUCUCGGUAUCCGGUCAGACGGAUGAUGGCAGCGUAACAGACUUGCAACUGGAAGAAAAUGUUUCUGAAGAGGCGAAAAUACGGAAGCUGUUGAAGGAGGCUCAAGACCGCUGUAAGCGCAAUCCGACCGUCAAGCGUUUCAGAACAGUGAAAUAUGGCCAUAUUCCACCCAGUCUGAGUGUAGGGUCACAUUCCCAUUCGUCAGCACCACCACUGCCAUCAAAUGCGAGGUAUGGUACAUAUGAAGCUGCAGAUUCUGCAGACCACUACGGAGUUCCAUACGGCCAGCACUCGCAAAGUUCAUCGAGCCUACCUUAUCAUAUACGAUCAAGAACUACAGAAACCAUAACUGAGGCUGAACACGAAACACCAUAUCCUUCAAUAGGCACAAGGGGAGGUACAUUUCCGCUUGAAAAUUCCGCUUAUCAGGAUUUCGACGUACAACCGCCAGGUCCUUUGCGUACAAAAUCCCCGGAAGCUAUUGUCUCACGACGAGAAUCUGCCCCGUUGCCUAAUUCACAACGACCAAACCCA